UAAGCUAAAAUAAUCUCUAUAAUAAAGUUUGUCUGAAUCCACUUGUAGCAAAAACUUUAGUACAUGGCGGUAUCAUUUUUAUUUUUUUUAUUUUUUGGCCCUUUUCUCCAUUAGAGCAAUGGAAAAAUCCAAACACCAUUAAAAUGUUGUUUUCGUCUUUGGAGUUGACGUCUGCAACAUUUUGGUGGCUAUGAUUUUACGCAAUAAAUAGAUAAAUUUUAUUACUACUACUUUGUAGUUGGUGGGAAAGGAAUGGCCUUUGCAGGGACAGCAGCUCCUUCUUCACUAUUUCUUGGCCAUCUUCCUUUCCACUUUGGGAAAUCUUCAUUUGCUCACUUUACUCAUAAUUCGGCUUGUUUUUUCAAAGUAAAAGCACUGUUUUGGGGUCCAAGAAGAAGUGUGAAGCCUGCUGACAAGGUUCUUCCACUUGGGGAAUUCGCUUUAUCUGGGGCAGAAUCACAGGGGGAUACGGGAACUACUGAAAAGAUAUCAGUUUCUGUGGUUUCUUCAAUCUCAGAGGUUUCGCCAGAUGAGUGGGAUUCUUGCAGUCUUGAUUCGACUGGUCGUCAGGAGUUUAAUCCCUUUCUUUCACACAGUUUUCUUUCGAGCUUAGAGGAGUCUGGCUCUGCCGUGGAGGGUAAUGGCUGGAUAUCACAACACAUCAUUGCUAAGGAUGAAAGUAAUAAUAUUUUAGGUGUUGUUCCUCUCUAUCUCAAAAGCCAUUCUUAUGGUGAAUAUGUGUUCGAUCAUUCUUGGGCAAAUGCCUAUUACAGUUAUGGUUUGAGCUAUUAUCCAAAGCUGCAGUGCUCAGUCCCUUUCACUCCAGUUACAGGCCCGAGGAUCUUGGUCAGUAACACGUCACAUAGAGAUCAAGUUUUUGACAUCCUGGUUUCUGCAAUGAAGGAUUUGGCAAUCAAGUUUAACGUUUCAUCUCUACAUAUUACUUUUCCCACUGCAAAUGAGUGGCACAAGUUGGAGAAGAAAGGUUUUCUGCAAAGGAUUGGAAUGCAGUAUCAUUGGAAAAAUCGUAAUUAUAAAAACUUUGAUGAAUUUUUGAUGGACAUGAAGCAAAGUAAGAGGAAAAACAUUCGCCAAGAACGCAAAAAGAUAUCGGCCCAAAAUGUGACCAUGAAACGCCUUAGAGGAUCUGAAAUCAAGGCCAACCACUGGGACACAUUUUAUAAGUUCUACAGGAAUACAACAGAUAACAAGUGGGGUACUGCUUAUUUAACGAGAGACUUUUUUCAUCGUAUGGGUGCAAAGAUGGGUGACAAUGUACUGCUUGUUGUUGCGGAAGAAGGUGAUGAGCUUGUAGCUGCAGCCCUUAAUCUUAUUGGAGGAGAUACCUUGUACGGACGACUAUGGGGAUGUCUCCCAGGAACCUACUAUGCGCAUUUGCAUUUUGAAGCAUGCUAUUACCAGGCCAUAGACGCGGCAAUUGAACUCAAUCUUAGCACAGUAGAGGCUGGUGCUCAGGGUGAACACAAAAUUCAAAGGGGAUAUAUGCCAGUCACUACUUACAGCAGUCACUAUAUUCUAGAUGAGGAUUUUAAGCGAGUCAUUGAUGAUUUCUUGGUACGAGAAUCUGCUCAGAAGCACCUAAACGAUGAGAUCACAAGGUUAUCUUGAACUUUGAAAAAUGAAACUACAGAGCUGUAUAAGACUUCUUUCCCCAAUCGAAUACCAGGAAGCUUGGAUGGCACAUUCUCAUAGUAACUGUAACUUCCUGUCCUUUUAAGCCAUUAGGUUUAAGAUAUUCCAACCAAUUUGUAACGUCGCAUUAUUACAGGUGACCAUCGGAAUACAUAAAAGGCCGUGGCAGUGAAAGCUCUCCAUCGGGAUAAGAGUCUAGAAAUCAAUUAUAAACAUUAUUUUAUUGAGGUUGAAGGAUAACAUAUGAUGGUCAAUGUGCUUUUCUCUGGGACGAAUAAUUAGUAAUUCUCUUCCUUUAGUCAUAUAACCCCGGGAAUAAAUCAGGUGAAAAGUCUUACAACAGUCGCCCCCACCCCCGGCUUUCUUUAAUGGAUUCUUUCCCAUCGGUCUUGAACUCUGAACAAGUUUGUUGUGUUUCUUCCCCUCCAAAAUCCUCCAUCUGUAGUUAGUUUAGACUGUAAUACAAAACAUUCCAACUCUCUUGAGCAAUAUCUUUAUGUGCUUGAUGAAAUGAAGACGUUAAGUUGCUCUCUGAAGAUGAGCCACAUUAAUAUGGAUACUGCAGCUUUGAGGAGCUCUCGCUGAUCUCUGUCUGCUUGUAUUUUCCUACAGGUUAAACUUGUUAUGCAAUUAUUACAGGAUUCUGGUCCCUUCAAGGAGAAUGCAUGGAAUUGACUUAAG